AACUUUUUAGCGCACGCAAGUGACGGUUGCAGAUUUUAGUAGCGGAUCAGUCCAUCAAGCAGCUGUACAUACGGCCAGUCCCGGUGAUUUAAUAAGAAACAGAUUUCGAUUAAUUUUCAUAGUUCGACCAAAGAUCAUAAAAUGGAUAUUACGGGACGCUAUCAACUGGCCAGCAGUGAAAAUUUUGAUGAAUACCUAAAAGAGAUCGGAGUAAACUUUAUCAAACGGAAACUGGCGUCGGCAAUGGAUUCCGCUACUGUUGAAAUUACAAAAACCGGCGAUGAAUACCAUCUGAAAACUGUUACUCCUGUCAAAACCUCCGAGGUCAAGUUCGUGUUGAACGAAACAGUUCCGGAAAAGACAAUGGAUGAUCGCGAUGUGCAGUCUAUUUUCACCUUGGAUAACAACGUGCUAAAGCAAAAGCAAUCUGGUGAGAAGGGAUUCGAAUCGACAAUUGACAGAGAAUUCAAUGGAAACGAAAUGACCGCGACCAUCCGAUACAAGAAUGUUGUGGCCGUUCGAAAGUACAAGAAGAUUACGUAAAGGAAACGAUCGUGAAGGAAGUUACUGCAUCUCCCAAAAGAUUUUGGUGGCGGUCUGGCGGAUACAGCGACAAGAGGUGGUGCAGGGUUUUCUUUGGUGCAGUAUCGUUGUGCAUAUCUGAUUGGCAAACUUUCACUGGCAAAUCGUUACAUCGCGAGAAGAAUGCAAUUGAGCUGUACAACAUUCAUAAACGAAGCUGCUGCAGCAUAAAUAAUUUAGUUUAUAAUAUGGAUUUACAGUCAUGCUGCAACGAGUUGUUCGAAGAAAGACAUAAGGUAGAUGUAACAAUAAAAUUACAAACGCCGG